AUGCUCCAGAUAGUCCUGAGACCCAGUCUCCUUACCCCCUUUUGCCAUCAUCAUCUGUGCAAGCCAUCUUCUCUGCCAGCGUCAAUUCUUCACUAUGAGCACACUCUCCGAUCCCAUGUUCAGGAACUUGUCAUGGCUGCAGUGGCAGGGGCGCAGGCGAGCCAACCAGCUAUAGUUACUUGUAAGCAGGGCGACUACGCCGAUGCCCAGCAGCUCUACCCCGAAGCCCUUCGCACCCAAGAACGAGACGCCCUUGAUUCAAUGGCGCUCGCAUGCUCUCACUGCCGUCUCGGACGAUCAUAUCUGGGCAUGGCGGGCAGGCUGGACAACACGCACAGCUACCUGGAUGUGGCUUAUGGGAUCUAUCAAGCGCACACGCCGCGCGAAGAGAUUUAUGGAGUUCCUCGCUAG